AUGGUUCAGCAUUUGACAUACUGUCAUAGGCUUUCCUGUAACACAGCCUCUAAAAAAACUAGGCUGUCUCAAACCCCUGGCAAUAGAAUUGUUUACCUUUAUACAAAUAAGGUUGGGAAAGCACCAAAAUCUGCGUGUGGUAUGUGCCCAGGCAGACUUAAAGUGGUUCAUGUUGUGAGACCUAAAGUUCUUAUGAGAUUAUGUAAAACAACAACGAAAAAAAAAAAACAGGUCAUCAGGACCUAUGGUGGUUUCACGUGUGCUAAAUGUGUUUAUAACAGGAUCAAGCGUGCUUUCCUUAUUGAGGAACAGAAAAUCGUGAAAGUGUUGGAGGCACAAGCACAGAGUCAGACAGCUAAAUAA